AUGAUUUCAUUAGCAGAUCAUGAGCAGACCAAAAAAUCAGAAAUCAUCUUCGAAACCCAAGAGGCAACUCCUUAUCCUUUAAUUCAAAAAUUCAAUAACACUAUUGAAGGCUCUUUGAUAGAAUACUUAUCGCAUCAUGGACCCUCAUCUUUAUCCUCGUUAGAAGAAUUCAUUACAUCUAAAACAAAUAUUUUGCGAAAUCCAAAAGGCCGAAAAUACAGUCAAAAUCUCGAAGUUCUAACAAUUUCAGCACUAAAAUCCUAUAAUAGAUUAUUUUUCUUAGACGACUCCAACAAAUGAAAUUUAAUUGUAAUCAAUAAGCAGAAUGAAAAUCUUAUGAAUUUCCAGAAAAAUCAAAUAGAAAUUAUUGAGAAACAAUUGAAGAUAAAAUAUAAUCGAACAAAGAAAUGUAAAGAAAAGAGGAAAAAAAUUACAAAGACGAUUGAAAAUAGUCCUUUUGAGUAUUUGUCGAAACUGGAGGAAAUACUAGAUUUAGGAGACAGCAAAAGCCUAAAGAUUAUAGAGUUCAUAGAAGCCAAAUAUAAGGAUUAUCUCAAUAAUUUGCCUAAAGAGUAA